CAUUCGUAAUCGUACGUGUCUCCCUCCUCCGGUCCGGGAUGCCGCCGUCCGAGCGCUUCGCCGUGGAGGUCGUCUCCCGGACGCUUGUCCAAGCCUCCGACCCACCUGGGGACUUCCCGGCGGUGCUCCCGGUGUCCAACCUCGACCUGAUCCUCGGCUCCUUCCACGUCUUCUUCAUCGCCGUGUACCCGGCCCCUGCCGCGGCGGGGUUCCCUGCCGUGGCCGAGGCCGCGCGCGCCGCGCUCCCCGCGUUCCUCUCCCGGUUCUACCCCUUCGCCGGUCGCGUCGUCACCAACGCCUCCACCGGCGUGCCGGAGCUCGUCUGCGGCAACGCGGGCGCGGAGCUCGUGGUGGCCCGCGCCGGCGUGGCGCUUGUGGACGUGGACUUCGCCGAUGCCGACGCCUCGCUGGGCGCCAUCCAGGUGCCGUUCGAGCGCGGGCUGGCGCUGUCGCUGCAGCUGGUGCGGUUCGCGUGCGGCGGGUUCUCGCUGACGUGGGGCACGGACCACCUGUUGGUGGAUGGUCACGGCCUCACCUCGCUGCCCAACGCCUGGACGGAGAUGCUCCGCACCGGCGGGGGCCUCUCGUGGGAGCCCCACCAUGACCGGCGCUCCCUCUUCCGCCCCCGCUCGCCGCCGCGGUACGCCCCGUCGCUGGACGCCGAGUUCGUGCGGUACGACCCGGGCGGUCUCCCCAACACACUCCUCGCCGCUGCCCUCGUGCGCCGGAACUACGUAGUCGAGGCCGCCGACGUCGACCGUCUCCGCGCGCUGGCCAGCACCUCCGGCCGCCGCGCCACGCGGCUCGAGGCCCUCUCCGCGCACGUGUGGAAGCUGCUCGCCGCGGCCGUGGGCGGCUCCGACGCGCACUGCCGCCUCGCGUGGCUCGUCGACGGCCGGCGCCGCCUCGACCCCGCGAAAUACAACAGGGCCCACGUAAACAACUAUCUCGGCAACGUCGUCACGUACGCGUCGCGGGAGGCGGCCGUGGAUACGGUGGCCUCGUCGACGCUCGCCGACGUGGCGACGAUGGCGGCGGCGGCCAUCGGGGAGGUGUUCCGGCAGGAGCGGUACGAGGAUCUGGUGGACUGGAUGGAGAUGCACAAGGGGGUGUUCAAGGAGGGCGGGAAGUGGACGGAGGCGGUGGGGCUGGGCACGGGGAGCCCGGCGCUGGUAGUGUCGGCGUUCGUGCCGUUCAGGGUGGACGGGGACUUCGGAUUUGGCCCGCCGCGGCUGGUGAUGCCGUGGGUGCGGCCGGGGAGGCUCGGGUCGGCGGCAAUGACGGUGAUUCGGAGCCCCGCCGGGGACGGGUCGUGGCUGGUGACGGCCAGGAUGUGGCCAAGGCUGGCCGACGCCGUGGAGGCAGACCCGGAGGCCGUGUUCAAGCCUGCAACCGCCGAGCGGCUCGGCUUCGCCGCCCCGCGCCAUGGCGCCGAGCUGUCGGAUGCGGUGAGCCGCAUGUGAGCGUAGGCUCAGCUCAAUACUCCGACAGUCACUUUCCUCACUCGGACAUUUAGCGAUUUGUCAUUCUUAGUGACGUACAAGUUCUGCAACUGAUUUUUUUUUGUCAUGGUACCAAGAAUCCAGACGCUAUAGCAUGACUGUA